AUGUGGCUGCUGCUGUGGCCUUGCCGAGGCAUGCUGGGAUACCCGCCGGAGUGCAGGGACCGGACGGACACCAGCAGGAGGUGCACCAACAUCCCCGCUGACAAGCUGCUGGAGCGGGCCACGCAGCACGCCGAGCUCAUAUACCAGGUUUCCGAGGAGUCGCACAUCCUGUUUGAGGAGAUGUUCAUCCCUCUCUCCAUGCGCUCCCAACACCUGCAGCGAGGCCAGGAGUGCAACAUAAACAGCAUCUCCAUCCCCGGAUCCAAGGUGGAAGCCGAGUCGAUAUCAGACGAGUGGCUCCUCCACACGGUCCUGGCCCUGAUCCGGUCCUGGAUGGGGCCCCUGCUGGGCCUGGAGGCCUCACUGGGCCAGUACGACAACGCCCCCGCGGUCCUGCUGGAGAGCACCCACUGGCUGGCGGGCAGGCUGAGGAGCCUGGAGCAGGGUGUGGUGGUGCUGAUGGGGAAGAUGUUGAAUGAGGAUGCCGUCGUGGCAGACCCAGUCCCUCCCGCGGGCUGGAUGCCGGCGGACUUGCCUCAGGCCCCCCUGGAGUCCGUGAUCAGGGAUUACAUCCUGCUCACCUGCUUCCGCAAGGACGUCCACAAGGUGGAGACCUUCCUGAAGCUGCUCCGGUGCCGGAGGACGGACAGCGCCGCCUGUGUCGCCGUGCGGCGGGCAAACUCGCCGUGA